AUGCCCGGUGCUCCAGGAGCAAGCUCGCGCGGCCGUGGUGGCAAGUUCAGAAAGUUCACCAGAGGAGGUGGCAAGCACUUCUCGCGCAAUCUUCAACCUCUCGACUCCGAAGGCAAUGCGGUGAGCAUGUGGGGCGAGGACGCCAAGCGCAACGAGGACGAGGAAGAUUCCGAAGAAGAAUCUGAAGAGGAAUCCGAAGAGGAGGAGGAGGCCGGCCAGGCCCCAGCUCAGGCCAGCGGCGAGGCCAACCGCGAGGACCGAAAAGCCCAAAAGAAGGCUCGAAAAGAGGCCGCCAUAGCCAAGCAGAAGAGCCGCACAGUCGAGGUCGGCGAUCUGCCUUCCUCAAGCGGCGAGGAGAGCGACACGGAACUGCCCGCCAACCCAAACCACUCUUCAUCGGCCCGCAAGCAGGCGACCGAGGGCGCGGGUGUCGAGGCGAUUACCAAGGGCGUCAAGAAGCUGCCCGCCAGUCGACGCGAGAGGGAAGCCGCCGAGGCCGCCGCCGCAAAGGAGAGAUAUAUGAAGCUGCAUGCCGAGGGCAAGACGGACGAGGCCAAGGCGGAUAUUGCCCGUCUCAAGGCCAUCCGUGCACAGCGCGAGGCUGAUGCUGCUAGGAGACAGGCUGAGCAGGAAGAGAAAGAAGAGCGGGAGAAGGAGCGGAGAGCUGAGAUUGAAGCCAGAGAGGCCAAGCUGCGAGCACUUGCUGCUGGCCCAAGCAAGAAAACGAGCAAGAAGAAAUAA